AUGUCUCAGAACCCAUCAUCCGACGAAACCACCCCCCUUCUCCGCAAAGGCGAAUACCGCCCCCCCUCCUCCACCGACAUCCGCGGUCCCUGCCCCAUCAUCAACACCCUCGCCAACCACGGCUACAUCGCGCGCGACGGCCGCAACGUCCGCGCCGCCGAAAUGAAAGCCGCCAUGAAACACCUCGGCGUCAGCAUCACCCUCCGCCAACUCCUCACCUCCGCCGUCUACCUCGAACACCAAAACGACCCCCCGACCGGCUUCUGGGCCUUCGUCCGCAAUCCAUUCGUGUACGUAUUCCGGACUUUCGCCCUGCGCGCCAAGGGCCAAAUCGACGCAAGCGGCGUUCCGUGCCUGAACCUCGACGAGUUGGACCGCCACGGCGCCGUCGAGCACGACGUCUCCAUGUCCCGGCGCGACUUCGCCCAGGGCGACAACCACUCCAAGCAGGACGAUCUCGUCGACGACAUGCUGGCCUCGGCGCGCGACGGCAAGGACCUCACCGUCAACGACUGGGCCACCUUCCGCGUCCGCCGCAUCGAGCAGCAGAGGCGCGACAACCCCAAGCUCAACUUCGGCUCCCUGCAGGAUACGAUGGGGCUCGCGGAGACGGCGUUCCUGCAGACGACGUUCGGCGACCGCGCCAGGGGGUGGGACGUCCCCGUGUCGUACAUGGCGGCUGUCUUCGGCGAAGAGCGGUUGCCGGUCCGGGAAGGGUGGAGGAAGCGGUCGUGGUGGACGGUCGGGGUUGUUGAGUUGACGGCGCAGGCGCAGGCGCUGAAGAAGGUGGUCGGACGCGUUGCGUCGAAGGCGUCGUCUUGA